AUGUUGAGUUUAAGAAUAUUCAAGUGUAGUAAAACUCAUAACAAGUGGUAUGUUCAAAAUGUUUCAAAUUUAUCAAUAAAUAUAAUAAAAAGAAAUAAGAGUAGAAUCCAAGCAUGGCAAAUACAUGCCUAUGGAAAUUUAGAUGAAAUUAAUCUAUCAACUAUUCGGAUGCCAAUUAUUUCCAAACCAUCAGAAGUAAUUGUAAAAGUUGAAGCUUCCAGUGUUAACCCAAUUGACAUUUCGAUGAUUGGUGGCUAUGGUUCUAAAGUACUAAAUUUUAUGAGAAAAAUAAUGAAAAUAAAUGGAGAUAUCGAGUUUCCAUUAACCAUGGGACGGGACUUUUCUGGUGUUAUAACUGCAAAAGGUCAUAAUGUUGGAGAAAAAUUGAAACUUGGUGAUGAAGUUUGGGGUGUCGUACCUGUUGAACAACAAGGAUGUCAUGCUACUCAUGUCAUUGUUGACAAUAAUCUCGUGAGGCCAAAACCAUCAAAUUUAUCAUACAUUGAAGCUGCAUCCAUUUUGUAUGCUGGUUUAACUGCAUGGUCAGCAUUAUGGUUGACAGGUGGUUUAUUUUAUAAAACGUUAGGAUCCAAUAAAUAUAAUCGAAAAGUCCUUAUAUUAGGUGGUUCUGGUGGAGUUGGAUCUGUUGCCAUACAAAUGGCAAAAAUGUGGAAUCUAAAGGUCAUUUCUACUUGUAGUUUGGACGCUGUUGAUCAAUUACAAAAAUUAGGUGCUGACAUAGUUAUUAAUUAUAAAGAUCAGAACGCCGACAAAUUAGUUACAAAUGAAGGAAUAUACGACAUCAUCCUAGACUGUUCUAAUCAGGGUAUAGAGAAAAUCAAUUCAAAGAAAUAUCGUUUUAAGAGUUAUAUUACUUUAAAUUCUCCUUUACUCAAGAACAUUGAUAAUUACGGAUUGAUUGGAGGAGCUAUGAAUAUUGUAGACUUACUCAAAUAUAAUAUUCCAAACAAAAAAGAUUCAAGCUGUGUGAAAUGGGGGUUUUUCAUUCCAUCAACGACUGGGUUGAAUGCCUUACAAAAAUUAGUUGAAAAUGAACAGUUAAAGCCGGUUAUUGAAGAAAUAUAUACUUUUGACAAAUUACCUGAAGCAUAUAAAAGAGUCGCAGAAGGUCACUUAAGAGGUAAAGUGGUUAUUGACAUGAAAGCCCAAUGA